AUGUACAGCACUGCCCAGUCACAGCCGUUGCAAUCACAUCCUAAUGGCUUCCUCACCGACACUCUGAGGUUCAUCGCAGCCGAAUCAGGAUAUCCCACAAACUCGGACGGCUCAGAAAUACAUGGCGCUUCCCCUAAGCAACAGACGAAGCUGGUUGACGCCCGCAUCUGGUCGAGCUGCGGUCGAGCUGUCUCUCACAACUCGUAUCCAUCCCGACGUCGUAGCAUCCAACUUCGUUUCUGCACUGCGAAGUGUAGCUUUGUGCUCGAUCCUGUGCGUCAACUCAUCGUGGGCGAUAUCACGUACGAAGGUCACAGGCCACACACAUGCAGAGACUGCAAAGCGAUGCAUGCUUCCAAUUGGUCGAGGUUCGGCAGCAUCGUAUGCAAGUUCGAAGACACGGCCGAGUGCCGCUUGCGACCGAAAAAAGGAUGCGCCUGA